CAUACCUUCGUACAGCGGACGUUGUACCGCAUUAACCGUCUCAACCACUUUUGGUACGACGAUUUACGGAACUACGACAACGAGCGAUCGUCCUUCAAGGAUGCGAUACGUGACCGCUUGGAGUGUCCUUGGCAGCGAUGGGAGCGGAGGCUGGUCCAGUCGGGCCGCCGGGGGGCGGAGGUGAAGGAGGAGAUCCGAACGCGGGCUGCACGUGAUGUCGACCCCCCAUCGAGUCCGGCUGCCGAGUUCAUUGCGGCGGACAUGAGCUUGGCGGGAUACCGGCAUUUGCUGGCCGUGGGCUCCCUGGACGGCCUUGCGGAGGCGAGCAGGCAGUCGCGGGUUUGUGCGGGGGCGCCCAACGAGGUGAUGGUCGCGGUGUUUCGGAUAUUGAUGGAGGAGUACGGCAAUGGCAAAUUGCCACGCAAGCAUUCGACGUUCUACUAUUCAAUGAUGUCGCAGCUGGGUUUGGACACCCGUCCUGAAGCCUACUUUGAUCUGGUGCCUUGGCAGUGGCUGGCAAGCGCAAAUCACAACUUCUUGCUAACGGAGCGCCGCCGCCACUACCUGCGUUACCUGGGAGGACUGACGUACUUCGAGGUAAACGGGCCAUCUGUGUACCGUACGUACUGCACCGCGGCGCAGCGGUUGGGCCUUCCGGCCAGCGGCUGGGGUUAUUGGGAGCUGCAUGUACGAGAGGACGAGCGGCACGGAAAGCAGAUGGUGGAGGAGGUGGCAGUGCCUCUCAUCCAACGGUACGGCGAGGAGUACGGCUGGGAGGUGCUUUGGGGGUAUGAGCAGGAAGCGGCUAUGGGCCAGCGGGCUGGGGAGGCGCUGGUGGCGGAUAUUAAGGCGAUGGAAGCCGAGCUGGGGUUGGCGGGGACGAUUUGA